UUUUUCGGAACCGGGCGCAGAACAGUAGAGCGAUUCUCAGUGCUGCUCUCGGUGCGAUACGACGUGCGAGCAAAGACGUAGCUCGGCGCGUGCUUGAUCGAGAAACGGAGCAGGGAAAAUAGUAUCAUAAUUCGCCUCCUUCAGCAAAAGAAAAGAAAAAGAAAGUUGAUCAGUUCCGUGUAUCGAUUGUCUGGUGGAAAAGUCGACGCAGAAGGAAGUUCACGUAUCACGAAUUUCUGGGAGCUUUUUUUUAGAGAAAACGUACGUAAAAAAGCGCAAAAGAAAAGAGUUCUGUGAAGGAGAGGAAUUAGUAAAAAAAACAAACACAAUUGAAGAAAAAAGAAAAACCACAUCCAGCGCUUGUUCUAAAGUGUUUUCCGUGCAUCGAACAAACGUGUUUAGCCCUUUCCAAAGUGCCGUGCGUGUGAGUGUGUGUGGUAAGCGAAUAAAAAGGGAGAAAAAACAAAACCGCGUAUCAUCUGGCCGUGUUCACGUAUUUCGGUCUUUCGUUUCGAAGAAGAAACCAUCGAGUCAAGUGCGUUUUAGUACUGCGCUACAAACAAGUGGAAGAAAGGAACAUAAGUAAACCGGGUUCGGCAACGACUGUUUAUCUCCCGUAAGCAGUGAAAGAAGUAACGUUUCCGGGGAAAGAAAAGCGAACAACAAGAGUGUCGUUGAAUGUGAAUUUUUCGGUUUGUAUUCGAACCGAAACGAUCGUAUACGGUAUUUGUGUGAGGGUGUAAUUAUCUUCAGAAGACGAUCGAUGACAACUACCUGUUAAGUGGUUAAAUGUUUUGCUACAGCAGUAUAAAAUUCUAAAGAUCUAAUGCAGUACAAGCACGUUGGCAGCUAGGAGAAUCAAAUAACAGAAAAAGAGGAUUGUAACAAAACAUCUACCUUCAACCAUUCAUAGUAAGAAUCGCGACAGAAACCAACAUUACCUGCUAACAUGAUUCACGUGGACGAAACAGAUCCCCUCGGUGACAUACCACCAGCGUUCCCGUACCGAGAGGUGGAAAUUAAGCGCGGCAUCGAUCCAAAACAGAUAUACGAGCUCAGCUCCGAACUUGGCAGAGGUAAGUUCGGUGUCGUCUACAAAUGCAAGGAAAAGUCGACGGGUGUCCGUCUGGCGGCCAAAUUCAUCCAGAUCGUAAAGAAGGGCGACCGGCGUAAUAUAGAGCGCGAGGUACAUAUGAUGAAUGUACUGCACCAUGCAAAGAUCGCCCAGCUGUAUGCGGCGUACGAGUACGAUCGUACCUUCUGCGUCAUGAUGGAGCUCGUCGAGGGUGGCGAACUGUUCGACCGUGUGUUGGACGAAAAGUUCAUACUCACCGAGAAGGCGUGUGCGAUCUUUAUGCGUCAGAUCUGUGAUGCGGUUGCGUACAUACACGGCAAUAACAUCAUUCAUCUGGACAUGAAGCCGGAGAACAUACUGUGCCUGACCGAGAGCGGGAAUCGGAUCAAGAUAAUCGAUUUUGGACUGGCCCGUGAGUACGAUCCGGACAACAAGCUGCAGGUGUUGUUCGGUACGCCCGAGUUUGUUGCACCGGAGGUAGUCAACUUUGAGGCGAUCUCGUUCGCGACGGACAUGUGGAGUGUUGGCGUUAUUGCCUACGUACUUGUUUCCGGAUUAUCUCCAUUUGCCGGUGAGGAUGAUAUCCAAACGAUGGGAAACAUCACCAUUGGCCGGUACGAUUUCCUAGAUGAAGCGUUCGAUAACGUAUCCGAAGAGGCUAUUGACUUUAUAAACCGAUGUUUGGUGAAGGAACAAAAGGAACGGCUUACAGCGGAAGAUGCGCUCAAGCACAAGUGGAUCAAGCGGAAACCACAGUUCUAUCCAACAAAUCGACGACCAUCCCUCACCAACUUUAAACCCAUUCUGCUGGAAAGCAAUAACAACAGUAGCAAUGUUACGGUAGGCGAUAAACACAACGCCGAAAUAGCGAAGGACAACCUGAAGGAGCUGGUGGGCAAAUGGGACGAAACGCCCAACAAUCGGUACGCGUUCGAGCAGGACACCGAGAACAUUAUUGCACCGUCCGGUGAAACCGUACAGCUGCGAAGACCAACGCUACCGGAGCUGGCAGGUCUAGCGAACGGUAGCAGCAAUACGUCCGGCAGCCGGAGAGGCAGUAUAGCGCGAGCCAUUGACACGAAUGAAGAUCAAGAGAACAACGCCGAAAAUGAAGCACCGAAUGCUGGGAGCGUUUUGCAUCACAGUAACCAUUAUCACUGCGACGAUCAAAAGCAGCAGCAUCCGUAUGAGCCGCCGAUAGUGCUUGAGUUGACGCAACAGCGUGACGCUGAAUCGAAUGAGCCCGAAACGAUCCGUAGCGCGGUGCUUGACAGUGGCUUUACGCUCCCAACUAAUACUAGCAGCUCGCAACUGACAGCAGCAACACCAGCGUCCACUAUUUGCGCUACUAACAACGAACGAUUUGACAGCUGUCAACGCAGCAGUACCACCCGCUGCGAUGUAGAAACUGUGCGGGAAAGUAAUGCUGGUAGUAGUAGUAGUAGUAGUAGCAGUAGUGUUUGCAGUAGUGAUAGUAAUACCAGUAUUAGUGACUAUAGUAGCUUAGCAAGGGAGAAGAACAGUUCGCCUGCGACUAACCAGCAGAAAGCUUGCGCAACUGACGGUGAUCGUGAGCCGGCAUCAACGAUCAUCGUCAGCGUCGUCCAACAGCAGUCCGACCCGCCCACCACACCUUCAUCCACCGACACACACACUGAUACAAACCAAUCCCAUGGACGUCCGAACCGUACGUCCGUGUCGUCCGAUUUCCUCUGCCUUUCCGCAGAUAGCGAUUCCAUGGCGUCCUCCUGUGACACUACGGCAAGCGUAUGUACGGAACCGGGCCCAUCACCCACACCACCACCCGCUGACAGUCAACAUCCACACAACCACCUACAACACCCAUCAGCGUCACCUGCACACCAAUCGGAUGCUCUGGCAGCAAGUACCGUGAGUGGCAGUGUGGCCGAAACACACCGGGACAAGGUACGUGACGAUUUGCGCAAACUAUCCGAUUUACUAAAGCUUUCCCUCACGAACGUGAAGGCACUGGAUGGGGUGGACACACCGACCGAGGGCACAACGAUGGUGACCACACCUACCUCACCGGGGCCAGCGCUCGAACAGCUCGACAGUGAGCUGGAAAAUCUGAAGUCGAAGGUGAACACAAUCCGCACAUCCCGGGCACAGAACAAACUGAACGAAUUAGCCCAACGGCCCGACUUUCUUGCAAACGAUCCAUUCAAGCUGCCGACGUUCCGCUUCCUGCCCAAAUCGAUCAGUCUCUGCAAUGAGGAUUCGGUGUUCAAGGAGAACUAUACGAAGUUUUGUGAUCGGAAUGCGACGUCCCGUGACACGCGGGAGCAAUCGCAGGAAACGAUCGUCAGCGAGAAGCCCAACACCACCGGUACGGUUGGGCGCAAGAAGUCUUCGACCACUUCGUCGACAACCAAGAAGAAAGUCCGGAACCCGGAAGAUGCGGCCUCCACCACAACGACUACGACAACCACCACAACGUUCGCCAGCACUGCCUCGGGACGGAUCGCGUCGACCACCACCGUGCGGAAGACGAUCGUUAAGCAGCAGAAGGUAGUAAUGGAUGAAGCCGUGUCGACCACAACCGGUAGUACUACGGAAAGCAGAAGAUCGAUCGCUCCAACGAAAAGCCUCGAUAUGCCCUCCGAUGCUAAGCUAACCCAUUCGGCAUCGAUCAAACGUACAAAGUUCCGCGUGAAUCAGCUCAGCAGCCGGGAUGUGCCGGUAGCGAUUAAUUCCGUCGCCCGUCGUUAUCUCGAACGAAGCGGCGUACAGGAUGACCUCUUGUCGACGGGUACGGCACGAGUGUCCCACACGGCGACCCAACCAGGUUUGACAACGCUGGACGAUACGGUGACGGCGAACAAUCUGCGCAACAAUGCGAUACGACUGCGCAGCUCGGUUUCGGUCGAUUGGGACGCGAUGGAUGCGGUUGAAAAUCGUUCGAUGAAAACGAUCAACACCUUUCUGAAGCGGCACGCCGUGGCUAGUUCGGCUGUGAAACAGAUCCAGGCACAGCUGGAGGCAACCAUCACAACGCACAAGUAGGUUGUUGCGUGCGUUCGUCCUUUAGGUGCGCGACAGAAUUGUACAUACAAUGUUCGCCCACUGUCUCUAUAUACGCCAUGUGUAUUUAUAAAGUAGGGUUUUAUUUAUCGACGAUCGAGCGGUGAAGCGAAGGAUUCAAUGUUUAGCGUGUAACGUGUAUAGUAGAUCGCGUACGGGGUUUGUACUUGUAGGGAUUAACGUUUAGAUUAGAUGCAAGGAAGUUCGAGCAGAUAAAAACAAAUCACGAAUCGCUUUGCACUAUUAUGGCUCGCGUAAUGCACAGUGACACAAACGAGGUAGGGACAUUUGCGGAGAGAACGGUAGCUGUGUUAUGCAUAUUGAUCCAAUUGCUCCGUACGUGAAACAAUAAGCGGAGGGGGAAACCUCCUUAAAGAAAAUGUAUACUGAAAUAAAGAAUAUACGUAAAGCUAGCUAAA